AUGAACUCGGACCCCGGGCAGAUAGGGGAGUUCCCGCGGGGCGCCGCGCGGCGGCAGCACCUCCGCGACUCCCGCCCGAGCCGGGCCGCGAGGCUGCGUGUCGCGCCAGUCGCUGUCCGACCUGCGGAUAGAACGGGCGCGGGUUGUAGAUGCGGGGCGUCUCUCAGUGCGUCACGGUUAGCUUCGCGCGAAGUGUCUGGCGCCGUGUGCGUGCGUGGUGAGGGGUUGCUGCUGCGCGCCGGUGCGAACGAGUCAUGCACCGCCGGCGCGGACACCAUGCGGAUUCUGCCCCGUGGUAGAGGCGCGGGACGGGGACGCCAGCGCGCCGCGUCGACGGUCUGGUCGUCAUCGCCGUCGUCCGCCGCGGCGACAGCCGCUCUGGCACUGCUGCUGAUGUUCACAUCGGGCGGCAUCGGCGCGCCCACCACCGUCAUGGGGGAGCAGUGCGACUGGACUGGAAGCGGGCUGUCGGGCAGCGGCGGCUCCCGGCUGGUGACGCCGGUGUACCUGCGGUGCCGCGAGGGCGCCGUGCGCUGGUCCUACCCGCGGGGCGCGCUGCGCGUCGUGCUGCGGCUCGGCGGCGGCCGCGAGUUCCGCGGCUGCAUCAGGGCGCAGCCGGGCCACGACCACGACCGCGACCACGGGCGCAACCAGAGCCGGCAGUUCGCGGGCGCGCGCGUCUUCCUGGAGGGCGAGCGCGCGCUGGCGCCGCUGCUGGUGCCCGGCGAGACGCGCGCCGCGCGCUGCUUCAACAGCCGCGGGGGCCGCGCCGCGCUCUACGUCGAGGCCGACCCGCCGCCCCCGGGCGCGCCGCCCCCGCGCGCCGCCGCCGCCUUCGUCUACGACCUGCAGCCGCUGCCGCGCGGCGCCGCCGCCUACGACCCCUUCGAAGAGUGCCGGCCCUGUACCCCAGACGAGAUGACUACUGCGUUCUGCACCAGCGAUUUUGUGGCACGUGGCAUCAUCAAGGGCGUGGAGCUGGAUGAGGAAGCAGAGGUCUCGCGGCUGCACGUCAAGCUGACAAAGCGGCUGCGCCAUUCGACAGUAGACAACAGUGUCGACAUGGAUAGCUCCGAUGAGUCUGAGGUGACAGUGCAGAUGCCAGCACACUGUGGCGCGCGCCGUGGUGUUGGCGAAUUUGUCGUCAUGGCCCGGCGGAAACUGGGCGAACUGGCACUGGUCUGUGCACCACGCCUUGAAGACUGGGCUGAGCUGACAGCACGCGGGGCAGCCUUGGCACACUGCAUCCUCUCCAGCUAGCUUCAACUGGACCAGCACCGCAUCCUCUCCCACUAAAUCCACCUGGAAUGGCACUGCAUCAUCUGUGUCUGAAACCAGACGCCACUUGCUAAAGACUGGGCCAGGUUGACAGCUCGUGAGGCAGCCUCCACACACUGCAUCCUCUCUAGCUAGCUCAGGUUGUUCGUGCACGGCAUCAUGUCCAGAUGUGUCCAGCUGAACCAACCGCCAUCUGUUGCUAAAUCGAAGUGGAUCAGCACUGCAGCCUCUGGAGCUAAUUUCAGGUGCAUGACCCGUGCAUCCUGGGAUAACUGGCCAUGUGCUGAAGACAAGACUGUAUUCCUGGCUCCUGUGGCAUCCUCAUAGUUAUCUAUUGUCUCAAGCUAUAUCUAUAUGGAUUGGCACUGUAUACGCUACAGUUAAUUACUUUGGGGCCAGUACAGCAUUCUCUCCAGCGAGCUGUGUCUGUACCAAGCAUGUGUCUUUCCUAGCUAGUCCCAUUAGGCCCAGCAGAUAGCUCUGUCCAGACCAGCUAGUUGGUAAUAAACUAGUGUAGCAGCUGCUCCAAUAAGCUCCAAGUGGGCUGUAAUCUCUCUUGCUUGUUUCUUCUGGACUAUCAGUCUCUGGAACCAACUACUGAAGCCUGCAACUGAGUCAAUAGGUCCUGUCCAUUUUAUCUCUAGAUGAGUCCUCAUUAGUUCCUGCAUCUUAGAAUUGCUCCAUGUUAUCGUUGGAAGUAACAACUUCAAAGUGCUACUUUAACCUCAAUAGAUAUUUGCCAGCACCAUUCAGACAUCAUGUACAAGCAAUGUUCCUCCUCCAUCACACUCAUCUUCAGAAACGAGGUAUAGAUUCCUCAGUCCUAAAUGAAGAUGCAGCACACUUGGCAAAAGAUGUGACAUUCUAUAGCAUGAAUCCAAUCUCUGCUUCGAAAGUGACUGUGAUGGUCUGCUGUUUUGAGGCAAUGAAUGCUUUUAUGACUUGUUAGAGAGUAAUUCAUUCAGUUUGUUGCUCUGAUUUGCUUUGACUUAUUGCAGUCAAGAACACCUACAAAGAAGGGCAGAUGAAUGUAAUGUGGAAUGUCAUUUUAGUAAAAUAAGGUAAAAGGGUUUCAAGAGGCCAUCAGCCUCCUCACUUACAGGUUUGAACUCUACAAGAUGUGCAAUAACAGUUAAUGAAAACAUAGAGUACAUGCAAACACUACUGUACUGUUCACUGAUACAUUACCUGAUACUACUGGAAACAGCACUGGAUUCAGAAUAGUCAUCUGGGGUGAGACAAUUCAAUUAUGUUGGUAACAGUGAGUACCACAAGACAGUUACACGAAUUUCCACAGGUGCAUAGGUAUUCAAUUUGAAAUAGAGGAACCAACUGGACAAGUUACUCUGUAGAAAUUUACUAGAGGCAAAGAGGGAUUCCUAUAUAAAAAAUGCUUGAAUUUACUCUGCACUGUGAGUGAUGAUUAUUAACUUUGGUUUUAUGAAUAGUAUUUACUAGUGGAGGUAAUACAUAUGCAAGAAACAGAAGUGUUAUCAGCGCCAGUAGCAAAUUUCCUCACAAAUACUUUCACCCAUCUAUAUAUCACAACACCAUCUACAUUAUCAUGUGUGUUCCUGGCUUGAGUGCAGGAAUGGGUUUUAUUUUAUACCUUUUAAAUUGUGGACCAAACUGCAGCAGUACUUCAAACAUGGACAUUUCUCAAGUAAUGAAAUAAGCAGAUGAUAAGCAGUUCGGUGCUUGAGGACUAUACAUGCGUGUGCUGGACAGAAGAAAAACUGAUUUUGUUACAAUAAACCCAUGAUCGAGCAUUCUUGUGUUAUAUGUGGAAAUGUGUUAGUUCCGUAAAACUAUAGGACUGUGAUAAAAUCUGGUUCUUGUACUCUAUGUGCAAUUGCCUGCAGUGGACUGAGACAUAACUGACUGUUGUGGGUGUGAAAAAAGGUUGUUCUGUUAAUAUUUGUGAACAUUGUUGUGAUAUACUUUAUAUUAUGAAACAUGAGACUGAACCUAUGAGGAAGCAGAGUUUGAUGUACAUAAUGGAUUGUUUGAGGGGUAAGAGAAAUAUUUUAUGUUGUAGGUGUUAGAAGUGUUAGAGACCGAAGGAAAAAUUCAGAUGCCAUAUCCUUGUGUUGUGAUUUCCUGCUUAUAAUUUGUGUAUCUGAGACAUGGUAACAACUUGAUGUUGCUUAAGCAUGCUGUGGACACGAGAUUGGUUGUAGGCCUGAAUAUUAUCUUUUGCACUCACUCACGAGCAACAAGUACAGUAACAAUAAUUAUUUGGCAACUUAGGAAGUAUGUUAUGUGUUUCCAAGAAAACUGUUUUCCUAUCUCAUUUUCCUAAAUUGCCCACCCCUAGUAUGCCUCCUUAGUAACUGAUAGCUUGCUCUUGACCUUGGUACAAUCUGUUUGUUGCUUUCAUCAUAAAUUUACAUUCCAAAUGUGAGACAUAAUUAGCAGUUAUCAAAUAUGUGGUCCAUGUUUCUGUUCGAUGGGUAUCAUAGUUCCAUAUUCAAUAAAACUGAUUAUGCAGUUCGUUACUAAAAUAUAACAAAAAUGUGUGUUGUAAGCAUAAUGUGGAUAUGAAUCAGAAACAAUCUGUUGCUGUCUUACCAAGACUUAUUUUUAACAAUCCAUUGAUUUUAGGGGUGUGCAAUGCAGUUUAUUAUUGUGGGAAUAAGAAAAAGACAAGCAAAUGCUACAAAGACAAUAAAUAUUUAAGAAGUAAACUGAAGCAAAAUCAUUAUCUUGAGUAGGAAAACAGUUUCUUCCAUUGGCUUUCAUUAUGUUCUAAUCUAGCAUGUCCUGUAGACAGUGAUGCUAAUUUCUAUGUAAUGUGUCACUUAUAUUGUUGCAAUAUGUAUUUUGAAUGCACAAUGAAAGAUAUUAUUUUAAACCUGUUAAAAGUGCAAUAUUAUUUGUAGUAAAUUUGUAAUCAGAUCAGACACACCCUUAGUUAAGAGAGGUCAAAUUUUUAACCUCCAUCAAAAACCUACCAGUCAUUCAAUUGAGUCAUGUUUGAAAAGAUUUUAUUGUAUAACUGCAUAGGCUACUCUGGCUACACUCAGCUAACAUGAAAGUUGUCUGUAUACAGUACUACGUUAUGUUGUACACCUAUGAAGGCUGCUGUAGCUGCGGCCAAAAUGUGUGUGUCAUCAAUAAUAGUUUUUUUACAGUAUGAUGUAGACAACUUCCAUGUUAAUAGGUUUUACUAUGCUUGUUGUAAAAUAAAAUUAUUUUUAUUCAUGUCUUUUUAAUAUAUUCUUCAUAUUGGAGGUAUUUACACUGGAAAUGUUUGAGAGGUCUUCAGAAUUCCCAGUGUAAUAAAACACAGAGGCAACAUUAUAGCAUCUUAAUGUGGGAAAGAGCAGUGCCAAGAAUAGUAGAAGGAAUUUUCUCUUGUAAAAUAAUUUUUAUUUCCAUUACUGUGUAAAUACUUUAACAUGACUUUAUUUUCCAUUUGAAAAUGAGAAAACCAGCUAUAUCACUGCUAAAGUAUUCUCUAAAUGGUUUAUUUUUAUACUAAUAAAUUAAUACUUCAACAUAUGUCUUCCUUGUGAAUUCAUCGUGCCAAAAUGCCUACCCUAAGUAGGCCUUGUUAUUAAAUUCUUUACUUUUCUCCUUCCAUAAUUAUUUGCUUUCUGGUUUAUUCCAAUAAAUUUUUUAAAAUUUCAGGCAAAAAUAUGUGUUGUUAUUUUGACACUGGUGUAUGUGUAUGGAGCUGUGUCAAGUAGAAUGUUCCUCUCUUGAUUGUUUCCUGUAUAAUGAUGUGACUGACAGUUACAUAGUCACUUAAGUUUUUUUACUGUUUCAGUUAUAACAUUGUAAGCUGUAAUAUUGUGUAAACAGACUAUUUUUAAUAAUUUUGGAAUGUGUAAUAUUUGUCAAUAACAUUACAAGGCUGUAAAAAUGUAAAUAGUCUGAUGUAUAAAAUUUAUGCACUGUGCCAUUAUAAGAGAAAGUAUUGGCCAGUUGUGUAUAUGAAAUGUUCUUUUGUACAUUGUAUAAAAAUGGAUCUCGAGAAGUUUAACAAUAUAAGGUAUUGUGAUGUUACACAGAUAAAUUAGAGUCAGAGUAUUAGAAACUAUUUUUGAAACAUAUUUUAUGCUUAUGUAUCUGUUACCACCAUCCUUACAUAUUUCUGGUCUGAGCACUUGUUUCAGAUGCACUUGCAUAGUAGCUCUGUAGCGCAGCAUAGUGUUCCCUAAACACAUCCAAACUAAUAUUUCCAACUUUAUUCUUGGCUGAUAGUCUGAGUCAGUGUCUUCUAGUAUUACAGUAUCCACAUCUGAUUCCAGUCUGAGAAGAAAGUCUCAGAAUUAUAUUGUCAUUGUUAUAAAUGUUACUGUUGGAAAAUUAUCUUUAUCAUUAAUAUUAGAACUCUUUUUAUCUUGUAAUAACCUUUAAAGAGUAUAAAGUCUUUAGUAUAGUGUAGUAAAUACUUUGAUAUAAACAAAAUCUGUUAUCUGCAUUUAAUUUUUCAACAUUCAGAACGCACAUCUUGAGAAAAUCAGCUUAAAAAUAUUCAAGCAGAAUAUGAGUUGUGUUGCAAUUUUGCAGAUUAAUUUCUAUUGUUGAACUCUUCUUCAAGAAAGUGACAGUUCAUUGUUGCUAGAUCUUAAAUUCAUUAUAGUGUAGAAAAGUGAAUAACUGCAAAGCUCCACAUGUGACUGUAAAGAGAUUACUGGGCUGCAAUAAAGUUUAAAGGAGUUAAAAUUA